CCCUAUUUCUCCUCUCCUCUAGUUUUUUUCUUUUCACUCGCUGAGUCGUUUUUUCUCACCAUUCACUUCAGACUUCAGAGAGACGUAUUUGAGAGAAUAAAAAAGUUACCAACUUUUUUAUUCUCCGCAGAUUGUCUCCAUCUUCUUCUCUCUCCAUACCCCAAAACGACAACGUUUGCAUCCAACACCAGUCGACGCUUUUCUCCGUCGUCCUUCGUCUUUUUGCUUAACCGAUUUGGAUUUGGAUUUGGAUUUAGAUUUCCCCCACAACCUCAAAAUUAACUUACCGCUCUCUCGAUAAAAUCAAAAACCCUAAUUUCGAUCUCUCUCAAUGGGUUCCUCCUCCGAUCUCGUCGUCCCUGACCCCGAUGUCUCCGGCAACCACCGCUCUCCCGCCGACGAUACCAAAAUUCCCGCGGAGGAGACUGCCUCGCUCAGGAGAACGAGGCCGUCGCGCGCCUGCACCGUUAGAGCGCAGCAGCGGCUUCAGGAGCAGCAGGCGGCGGAGAGAAAGCUCAGGCCGCCUAAGAAGGAGUAUAAACGGGAGCAUCGACAAAAGGAAGAGGUGGAGGAAGAAGACGAUCAAGAGGAGGAGGAUGAGGAGGGAGACGAUGAUGUGCAGAGGCAAUGCGGUGGAGGGAGUUUGGGUAAAAUCGUUACUUCUCUUGUCCAGCCACCGGAGCCUUCGCAGAUGCCGCGGUGGAAUCUUAGGUCCAUGUGGGAACUUGCUUCCGUCCUCAACUUCUUGCAUGUUUUUAGGCCGCUUUUGAAGAUCAAUGCGGAGUUUUCUGCUGAGGAGUUUGAAACGGCUUUGCUGAAUCCUAACGAUACUUUGAGUGACAUUCAUAUUCCUCUUCUAAAGGGCAUUCCUCCUGUAACUCGAAUGGCCCUCACUCGUGAUACCUGGGUCACUGUCUUGUGCAGAAAAAUAAGAGAUUGCUGGCAUUGGGUCGCAGAAGGGGAUCUUCCCAUUGUUGCUUCGCAAGGGCGGGAGAUUGAAGCGUACAAAUCUCUUGAUCCAGCCAUUCGUGUGGUGAUUUUGAAAGCUUUAUGUGAUAUUCGUGUUGAGCAAGAGGACAUCAGGAGCUACAUUGAUAACUCUGUCAAAACUGGUGUUCAUCUGUCAACUUUUCGCAAAGACCGCGUUGGGGGUGAUUCGCAUGGAGUUAAUUUUUGGUAUGAGGAUGAUCCCUUAGUUGGUCACCGUUUAUAUCGGGAAAUAAGGAAGACAGAGGUGGUUAAAGUCAAAACGAAGGGUUCCAAGAUUCUUCCUAACGUAACUUACCAAUGGGAAACUGUUGCCACAAAUUUCGAUGAAUUCCAAGAUGUUUCGGAAAAACUUAAUACAAGUGGUAGUAGAACUGAAGUUUCUCUGGGGAAGAAGUUAACGAGAGAUAUGCUUCCUGAGAUAGAAAAAGAACACAAGAGGAAAGAGAAGUUGUUGAAAAAGCAACAUAGACAGGCUCUUCUCCUUGAUAACUAUUUGGUUGCUGACGGUGUUGGUGGUGGUCGUUCUCUCCGUGAUAGGAAGCCAGUUAGAUACACUUUUGAUGAUUAUGAUAGGUCGAUAAACGAAGCUAUCAAAAUAACAACGAACAAACAUCCAUCACAAGAACCUUUUCUCCACAGAAGAGAAUCAGCUAGAUUGGACUCUCUUGUGAAUGGCAGAUCAACAACAAGUUCAAUUCACCCUACUGACCCUGUGAACGGUACAGCGUCUGGUAGCUCUUCUGAUUUUGCUGAUGGUGAUGAGUUCGAUGAGCAGAGAGAUGAAUCCUUGGACAGAAGGCGCAGACAACGGCCCCAGCGGUAUUCAGCAACGGACUUUGUUGAAACAGACAAUCAUGUAGAAUCUGGAAGCGAUGACGACAUUGUUGGGGAAGCAGUUUAUGAUGAAGAAUAUCUGAGGAAGCGUAAACAGAAGACGUUUUCUAGUGGUUCUGAGGGAGAGGAAGAGAAAGGAGAUGAAGAGUACAAAUGGGAUGAAGACAAUGCCGAGUACGAGGAAGAAGAAGAAGAGGAAGAUUCUCCAAGUGCCAGCGAAGAAGAUAGUGAUGAACCCCGAAGGGUUAGGAAAAUGCCGCGGAGAGAAACCAAGUUAAGAUCAAAGUCAAAUGGUUUCCGGCCUGGCCUGAGGCGUAGCAAAAGAGCCACAAGAAUCGAUUACCAACAGUAUGAGCUCUCGGAAUCAGACAAUGAAGCAGCAGGAGCGGCCAAACGUAAGCGAUUGGUAGAGCCAGAUCCAGAUGAAGAUUCUGAUGAAUCAGGGAAUGGGGAUUUCACAAUGGGAAGUGAGGACUCUGAAGAAAAUGGAAAUGACCCAGAAACAAAUUCUGCUGAAGAAGAAGUGGAGGAGGAAGAAGAAGAGCCCAGAGAAGUCAAUGAUAAUGCGGGGACAGCAAAUGGUACAGAGAAUAAUCAACUGAACAAGUCAAAUGGCACAGACCAAGAAGAAGUUGAGGGUGGUGCAGUAGGCAAAAGGCAUUACCUCGACCUAAACGAGCUUGCUCCCGUGUCCGGUUUUGAUGAUGGUCCAAGUACAGUGUUGAAGGAUGAUGAUAAGACCGACAGUUCAUAGACAAAGACCUCUCUCUGUUUUUUUCUGGCAUAAACACCUUCCAGAGAAAAGUUAAAACGGUAAGAGAUACUUCAUUGGCUAUUUCUGCACUCGGUUAUAUCUGCCUUGUUGCUUUAAAGUUAAUUUCGGCUGAGAUAAGUGAAGUGGGGAAUGUUGGAGAGGCCUAAGGAGAGGUAUGUGUACUAGAUUAGGUUAGUCAUUAUUUUGCUUACCCUGAAAGAGAAACAGUGAAGGUGAACCUGAACCAGAGAUUCCUAAGAACUAUUUAAUGUUAUGGAAUUAUUAUUAAUGUACAAUUAAUUUUGUCUAA